AUGUUUGUCAUCAAACUGCCGAUGAACGACCUCGAGCUUGCCAGUGGUGUGCUUCUUUUCCCCCGGCUGUCUCCGGCAGCUGAGACUCUCGGCUCCGUGAUGCCGUUUGCUUACAUCUUGAUUGCUAUUGGCGCGGUGGUCCUCCGCUGUAGUCUCCACACUUCGGACUUUCGAAAUGGGGUUGCUCAGAUGUAUAUCAAGCCAAUCAGGAUGAGGGACUCAAAAUAUGUAUUUAAAGCUCAGAAUUCUCUUGAGUCUUUCGACACGAACAAAGACAUUCACAUCACUUCGUUGACAAUGGCACUACACACAUUCCUCAUUACGGGCGCCUCAUCUGGCAUCGGCUUACAGAUUGUAUAUGCUGCUCUUGAAGCUGGCCAUAGAGUUUUGGCCGCUACUCGCAAUCCUCAAUCUGCUGCUGCUAAAUACCCAUCUGUUGAACAGCAAGGUGGCAAAUGGGUUGAGAUUGAUGUCGAUAAACGAGAGACGGAGGCCGUUGUAGAGAAGCUUGUAGAGGAGAAUAACGUCGAUAUUUUGGUCUGCAAUGCGGGAUAUGCUAUGCUGGGCUCUCUUGAAGAGAUGAGCGUCGAGGAGUUUGAAGCUCAGAUCCAAACAAAUACUAUUGGCGCCGUGCGCUGCAUCAAAGGAGCCUUACCUCACUUUAGGAGAAGGGCAACAGGUACCAUUGUGAAUGUCAGUAGUUUGGCUGGCUUUUAUGGUGCUCCUGCAACAACUGCCUAUUCAGCUUCCAAGUUUGCUUUGAGCGGCUUCUCGGAAGCUCUAGCAACUGAAGUCGGUGUAUUCGGCAUCAGAGUUGUGCUUGUUGAACCAGGUUCCUUCCGGACGAACUUGGUCACAAACCUCACAGUCCCUGCACACAAAAUUAGCGAUUAUGACGGCACUCCUGCAAGGGUUCUUGUAGAGUUUCAACACUCGUCAAAUGGGAAGCAGCCGGGAGAUCCCGCCAAGGGUGGGAAGAGGAUUGUGGAUGUAGCAACUAACGCAGCCGGAGAAGGCUUGGCAAAGAGAGGAAAGGGAGAAGUCUUGCGAAUUCUUCUUGGAUCAGAUUGUUUUGACACGGUGAAACAAAAGCUGACGAAGAUGGGAGAACAGUUAGUUGCUAUAGAAGAGAUUGCGAGGAGUACAGACUUUGCCUAG